GGCCCUGUUGGCCCUACAUCAUGGGGUAAUGGCUCCCUGGGUGUCCUGACACCCAGAACCAUGGCCAUUGUCAACCCCUGGGGUGUCACUUAAGCCUGUGCACCAAUGUGAAGCUCUGCUGGUUUGCUUGCUCCCAGAAUACCCUGGACCUGGGCUUCCCAUCUGACCAAGGCUUCUGAGUGUGGCAGUAGAGUCCAGCUGUGGGACCACAACAGUGCUCCUGCUUGCAACUUCCUGGGCAGGAGCAGUUUGGGGGCUUUGUGAUCCAAGCCCUAAUCCUGUCAACUGAAGAUUUAAGCUAGGCUGUCUUGUGUCCUCUUGUUUUCUAGCCAUGGCUGAGAAGGACAUAGCCUGACUCGCUCUGUGAUGGAAUCAAGAGGCCCCAAGAAGCCUCGCCGACAUAAGAAACGCAAAAUCAAGACCCUGGAGAGACUUCUUAAGAAGUUUCCUUACAGGUUAGGUUGGUUGACAGAGCCUGACCAAGAACCCCUACAGUCCUGGAAGACCAAGAGCAACUCAGUGAAGGAUCAGCUGCCCUUACAGAAGAAGCUGGUGCCAACCCGGUCUAUUCCGCCCCCAGGGGUCGGAACUUCGGACUUUACAUCACAGCCUCCACGUCCCCCACUGUGUAACCACUGGGAACUUAAAUUACUGAACCACCGUUUCCCUAGACGAGACCUUGACAAGCUGCCUUCUCCAAAGGCCAGUGCUGACAAGCCCUACACCAGCGAGGCUUCCGGGCCGUCUGAGAGUGUUGUCUAGAACAUCCACUCUUCAUGGCCCCUUUCUCGGCCACCGUCUCUCUGCUCCAGGCAGCUGCCACAGAAACAUUUGUAAAGGGGAGCAGCCUCCUCAGCCACCUAAAGCCCCCACAUCCCAAGACCAUACAGCAGCAAUAAACUUUGCAGGUUCAAAUCCCA